AGAGCGGUGCGCAUGCGCAGGAACAACGCCGAGCACCGAGAGCUACUUUAACGUUACCGGAGGCGGAGGCCACAAUGCGACUGGCGCUCGGGGCUCCUGCCUUGGUCCGCAUCCGCAAUGGCUGCGCAGAGUGAUCCACAGAGCUCGUACUAUGCGCUCCUCUAGACCCGCACACAGAGGAACACAAGCGGAGCCGUCUCACAAUGAGCACCGGAUUCAGCUCGAGCUCGUGCCGCUUCGCGGAUUAUUUCGUGACCUGCGGUCUGGACACCGAGAGCGGCUUAGAACCAGACGAGCUGUCCGCUUUAUGCCAGUAUAUACAGGCUACUAAAUUCAGAGAUGUUGGCAGAGGAAAUUUGGCGAGUGCAGACGCAGGUGAGAAUUUUGAGCAGAGUCCGCUGCGGAGAACUUUUAAAUCUAAAGUUCUAGCGCACUAUCCUGACAAUGUGGAGUGGAACCCUUUUGACCAAGAUGCUGUGGGCAUGCUCUGUAUGCCAAAGGGCUUGUCCUUCCGCACCCAGACAGACAUCCGCGAGCCCCAGUUCCACUCUUUCAUUAUCACUAGAGAGGACGGCUCCCGAACCUACGGCUUUGCCCUCACCUUCUUCGAGGAGGUGACCAGCAAGCAGAUCUGCAGUGCCAUGCAGACGCUCUACCACAUGCACAAUGCAGAACAAUACGACAUAUUGCACACUCCACCCACACCUCGCAGUCCAGAAGACACCCGUCCCACCCCUCAACAACUGCUCGCUGCUCCCUCCUUGUCUCGGCUGCAGCGUUUCAACUCCUACGACAUCAGUCGAGACACACUGUAUGUGUCCAAAUGCAUCUGUCUGAUCACACCCAUGGCCUUCGCCCAGGCCUGCAGAAGGGUUCUGGAACAGCUGCACCAGGCUGUCACCUCGCCUCAGCCGCCGCCGCUGCCCCUGGAGAGCUACGUCUACAACGUCCUCUACGAGGUCCCGCUGCCACCGGCCGGGCGUUCCUUGAAGUUCUCGGGCGUAUACGGGCCAGUGGUGUGUCAGAGACCCAGCACAUCUGAGCUGCCCCUCUUUGACUUCCCUCUGCAGGAGGUGUUUGAGCUGCUAGGAGUGGAGAACGUGCUACAGCUCUUCACCUGUGCACUACUAGAGAUCCAGAUCCUCCUGUACUCGCAACAUUACCAGCGGCUGAUGACGGUAGCGGAGAGCAUCACAGCCUUAAUGUUCCCCUUCCAAUGGCAGCAUGUGUACGUGCCCAUCCUGCCCGCUUCACUGCUCCACUUCCUGGACGCUCCUGUGCCCUACCUCAUGGGUCUGCACUCCAACGGCCAGGAUGACCGCACCAAGCUGGAGCUUCCCCAAGAGGCCAACCUUUGUUUUGUCGAUAUUGACAACCACUUUAUCGAGCUUCCUGAGGACCUGCCUCAGUUCCCCAACAAGCUGGAGUUCAUCCAGGAGAUCUCGGAGGUUCUGUUGGCGUUCGGCGUAUCUUCAGAGGCAAACCCCCAGUGCAGCGAGGGCCAGGGCAGGCUCAGGGGCUUCCGCUCGGGUGACAUGGCUUCUGACAAGCGCAACGGCAACCUGGCCGGCUCGCCGCUCAACUCGUACUUGCUGAGAGAGAACCAAACCAUAGCUCGUCUACAAGCGCUGGUCAAGAGGACUGGAGUCAGUCUGGAGAAGUUGGAUGUGAAGGAGGAUACGAGCACUAAUAAGGAUUCAAAAGUGCAGUGUGAUGAAGAGGAGAUGAAAAUGCAUCAGUUGAACAUUCGAGUGCGAGAGGUCUUCGCCAACCGCUUCACGCAGAUGUUCUCUGACUAUGAGGUGUUUGUCAUUCAGUCCAGCCAAGACAAAGAGUCCUGGUUCAGCAACCGAGACCAGAUGCAGAACUUUGACAAGGCUUCUUUCCUGUCGGAUCAGCCCGAACCUUACCUGCCGUUCCUCUCCCGCUUCUUGGAGACGCAGAUGUUUGCCUCUUUCAUCGACAGUAAGAUCCUGUGCCACGACGACGAGGACAAAGAGCACACCCUGAGAGUAUUUGAUUCCCGUGUUGACAAGAUCCGCAUGCUAAAUGUCAGGACACCCACCCUGCGGACCUCUAUGUACCAGAAAUGCACCAAUAUUGAUGAAGCAGAAAAGGCCAUUGAGGUGAGGCUGUGUAAGAUCGACCACACGGCUCUGCAUCCCCACCUGCUGGACAUGAAGAUUGGUCAGGGCCGCUAUGAGCCGGGCUUUUUCCCCCGUUUACAGUCCGAUGUUCUCUCCUCUGGACCCACCAGCAACAAAUGGGCGAAGCGCAGUGCACCGGCACAAUGGCGGAGGAAGGACAGACAGAAACAACACGCUGAACAUCUCUAUUUGGACAAUGACCAGAGAGAGCAUGUGGAGUGUCUGUUUUCUGAGCUUCAGCUUCUGCUGGCUCUGGACUACUACUGGUUCUCGCAGUCCUUCAGGCCCUGUCUAAAGUCCGUCAAGGUGGAUGUGAAGUACAUCCAGGAGGCCAGGAACCUGGGCACCACUCUCCGCCAGCCCAAACUCUCCAACCUGUCACCUUCAGUCAUCGCACAGACCAACUGGAAGUUUGUAGAGGGACUAUUAAAGGAAUGCAGAAAUAAGACCAAACGUAUGUUGGUGGAGAAGAUGGGACGGGAAGCGGUGGAGCUGGGCCACGGAGAGGUCAGCAUCACUGGUGUAGAGGAGAACACACUCAUCGCCAGCUUGUGUGAUCUGCUGGAGAGAAUCUGGAGCCACGGUCUGCAGGUCAAACAGGGAAAAUCCGCCUUGUGGUCACACCUCUUACAUUAUCAAGAGAGUAAAGAGAAGAGAGACGCUACUCCAGCAGGCCUCGGGCCUCCAGGUAUCAUUCAUGACACAGAGAGACGGAAGUCAGAUGCUGGCUGUGCAAUGCCACCUCUCAAAGUCUCUUUGAUCCAGGACAUGAGGCACAUACAGAACAUCAGUGAGAUCAAGACAGAUGUUGGGAAGGCCAGGGCAUGGGUGCGUCUCUCCAUGGAGAAGAAACUGUUGUCCAGGCACCUGAAGCAACUUCUGUCUGACCAUGAACUCACUAAGAAACUCUAUAAGCGCUAUGCUUUCUUGCGCUGUGAUGAUGAGAAGGAGCAGUUCCUCUACCAUCUCCUCUCUUUCAACGCUGUGGACUACUUCUGCUUUACCAACGUCUUCACCACGAUUAUGAUACCAUAUCAUGUGGUCAUCAUUCCCAGCAAGAAACUAGGUGGCUCCAUGUUUACAGCCAACCCCUGGGUGUGUGUCUCAGGUGAGCUAGCUGAGACUGGGGUUCUGCAGGUCCCUAAAAACACCCUGGAGAUUACGUUUGAGUGCCAGAACCUGGGGAAGCUGACCACAGUACAGAUGGGCCAUGAUAACUCAGGACUGUAUGCUAAGUGGCUAGUGGAGUGUGUAAUGGUCCGCAACGGGAUCACAGGGCACACAUACAAGUUUCCAUGCGGCCGUUGGCUCGGGAAAGGAGUAGAUGAUGGCAGCUUGGAGAGGAUACUGGUGGGCGAAUUGGUGACUAGCUUGGAGAAUGAGGAUAGGAUGUGCCGGACUCCUCCAACGCAGCAAUCUCCCGGGAUGAUGCGAAGAUUUGUCACCAUUUCGCCAAACAGCAAACCAAAGUUAAACACGGGCCAGAUCCAGGAAGGGGUGGGAGAGGCCAUUAACGGUAUCGUCAAACACUUCCAUAAGCCAGAAAAAGAGAGAGGAAGCCUCACAUUGCUUCUGUGUGGAGAGUAUGGUUUAGUAUGGGCUCUAGAGCAGGUGUUUCAGCAUGGCUUCAAGUCACCGCGCCUUUUCAAGAACGUCUUCAUUUGGGACUUUUUAGAAAAAGCGCAGGUCUACUUUGAGAGUGUGGAACAGAGUCAGAUGACCCAGGAUGAGAACUGGCAGAUGAGGGUGCGUCAUUUCUGCCAUUUCAUGCGUGCCAUCAACAGCACACCCAGAAACAUCGGCAAAGAUGGGAAGUUUCAGAUGCUCGUGUGUCUCGGAGCCAGAGAUCACCUGUUGCACCACUGGAUUGCGCUUCUUGCCGAGUGUCCAAUCACAGCACAGAUGUAUGAGGACAUGGCGCUCUUAAAGGACCAUUCUCUGGUGAACUCUCUGAUUCGAGUGCUACAGACUCUGCAGGAAUUCAAUAUCACUCUGGAGGCCUCUCUUGUCAAAGGGAUUGGGAUAUAAUGUCAUCCGAAUAUAGAACUAACACAGAUCAGCGGGACCAUGGACUAACUUUUUUUUACAUGGAGAGACUUGAACAAAAGGACUAAACCUGGCUUAGGUUAAAGCUAAUGUCAUGUUUGCCAUAUAUUAAGUGCAAUGAGCCUUUUCAGACGUGUCAUGAUUUUUAUCAACAACGUUACUGACAUUCAAAUAUGUCUUCAAUUUUGAUCCAUAUUUUUCAUGAAAGGUGAAAACCCCCUCCUGUGCUAUAGCGUUUUAUUGAAAGCUCAAUAUUUUUCGUUGGUGUUGUGGACUGCUGAGAAUGGCUAUAUUUAAAAGGAAGACAUGUAAGAAAAACCGCUAUUAUAUUUUCAGAGAAGAACAGUGUUAUUUUGAUAUGUGUCAGGUUGCUUGCUCUGUGCUCUAAUCUAGUCCAUACUGUCACAAUGCAGAGUUUGAAGCAAAUGAUGUAGAAGUAUGCUUUAUAAGUACAACUUGUGGGGAAUUCAUAUUUUUACUUAAAGAAAGGAAAGAUGAGAACAAUGGUAAACAAUGCCAGGGACUUGUGUCAUUUCUCUCUAAAUGCAAAUCAGUUUAAAGGGACAGUUCACCCAAAAAUUACACUGCCAGUCAAAAGUUUAAACUAAUUAAGUUUUUUUAAUGUUUUUAAAAGAAAUCUCUUAUGCUCAUCUAUUUAGACUAUUUUAAUUAAUUUUAAAAAUGUAAUUUAUUCCUGUGAUGGCAGAGCUGAAAUUACAGCAGUCAUUGGUUAAAUUAGUUUUCAGUGUCACAUUUUUUUUUCUUAUAAACAUUAUAUUUAUCAAAGAAUCCUAUACAAAAAAAAAAGGUUUCCACAAAAAUAUUAAGCAGCAAAAAAAAAAUUCCCAACAUUGAUAAUAAGAACCAUUUUUAUAAUUGAAAACCAAAAAUAAUUGAGCACAAAAUCAGCAUAUUAGAAUGAUUUCAGAAAGAUCAUGUGACAGUGAAUUAAUGACUACUGAAUAUUCAGCUUUUGGAUCACAAGAAUAAAUUACUUUUACAUUUUUUUUUAACAAUGACUAAGAAAACAGUUUUUUAUAUUGUAAGAAUGUUUUACAAUAUUAAUGUUUUUACUGUAUUUUUGAUCAAAUAAAUGGUGAGCAUGAGAAAUUUGUUUCAAAACCAUAAAAUAUGUAAUUAUUACAAACUUUUGAUUGGUAGUGUACAAGUAGGUCAUCAUUUACUUCAUCAAACCCACUUUUUUCUUUCUUUUUUCCCCCCAUACAAUGAAAGUGAAUGGCAGCCACAAAUGUCUGGGAAUAGAGCAGCUUGGACUUUCAUCUAAAUAUCCUCUUAUGCUUUCCACAAAGGAAAAAAAGGGUGAACUGUCUUCUUGAGCUUAUUGUGAUCCCCUAAAAUCAAAGAUAUGACUCAUGAAAGUGACACUCGAGCAUAUUUUACGAGAUGGACUGUAAAAACUAAAAACAAUCAGUGCAGAACGGAUAACGUUAUAACGUUUCUUCAAUCCUUUCUAAGUACCGUAACAUUCCUCAUCUCUUCAGCCCUCAGGUCUCGACUGUGGCCAACUACAAUGCCAUAUCUGGAGUAGAAUUAAUUUGCGGCACAGUUGCUGUGUUUGUGUCCCUGUCCUUAGUUAACCCCAGCUUCCCCUCUGUUUCUGCUAUGCAAUAUUUACAGCUCCAAAAUGUUGUUAUUGAAUCUUGAUGAAAUAUCAUUUACCUGUUUAAGAGUGUAGCAUAAUUUGUAGGAUGUAACUGGGAGAAGCACAUUAAAGGCUGAUAUUCAUGUGCCAAUUUCAUCAUGACUGUUCUGGUACCUCUUCAAACACAGCUGGCAUGAGCAUUCUGGGAGUUGUUUUUUCUUGUGUUUUAUCUCUUGAUACAUUUAUAGACAAAAGCAGUGUAAUGUAGUGUUAAAUAUCAAACAACUGUGUACAGUGUAUAGAAUGUAUUAAAGGUGGCAAUUCAAUAUGA